UGCUAUGCUACACCGAGGUAGAAGAGAAGAAAAUAAAGAAAAAUGCAAUAUAUGAAACCAGCACUUCGUAACGGGCGCUACACAUUAAUUUCUAGCUCUUUAUCAAACACCUUAAACCCUAACCCCUUCAUCUUCUUCCUCACUUCACCAUUUCACACACUCCAAACGUUUCGCUCUCAAUCACCCAUUUCCUGCUUCUCUUCCUCAAUGGCGUUCUCUUCAGCUCCUGAUCCUUCUCUCGAGAAGCAAUUCGGCGAAUUCAGAACUCACCUCGAACAAUCUGGAACCUUACGCGACCGAAUUCGAACCGUUGUUUCCGAAAUUGAAUCCACCACUAGGCUUAUGUAUGCUAGCAUUCUUCUUGUUCAUCACUCUCGUCCUACUCCAGAGCUUUUAGAGAAGGCCAAGUCUCAGAUUGAUGUGCUAAAAGAGAAGUACAAGCAACUUGCUGAUAUUCUUGGAGGAUAUCCUGGUCAAUACUAUAGGUAUCACGGUGAUUGGAAGAGUGAGACACAAACUGUUGUUUCUAUGCUAACUUUUGUGCACUGGCUUGAAACGGGAAAACUUCUUGAACACAAAGAAGCCGAGGAAAUGCUUGGGUUGAAUGGUCCAGAGUUCAAUCUAGAUGUUGAAGACUACCUUGUUGGUGUUUGUUUUAUGUCCAAUGAAUUGCCAAGGUAUGUGGUUAAUCAAGUAACAGCUGGGGACUAUGAUUGUCCAAGGAAUGUCUUAAAGUUUUUAACAGAACUUCAUGCCGCAUUCCGAAUGCUCAAUCUACGAAAUGAUUUGCUGCGGAGGAAGUUUGAUGGCAUGAAGUAUGACCUAAGAAAAGUAGAAGAAGUUUACUACGAUGUUAAGAUUAGGGGUUUGACACCCAAUGGUGAGUCAGUUGCAGAUCAAGGAAUCAAAGGGCAAUCUUAGAGUAUGUCAGACUAGAUAGACUUGGCUUUUUGUUGGCUCAGAUAUAAGCUUAUGUAUAAGCCCAUAUAUCUACAGUUAUUUCUAAUUGUUGAUGAAAGGAAGGAAAUGCUUAUCACUAUCUUAUACUAUUCUGUCAAUAUCCUUUUUCAAAGCCUUUGUGAGAACUUAGAACUCUGUAUUUCCUUUUCUUUAGAUGUAAAAUAUAGUACAUUGAAGUUUAUUAAUGCUUGCGGUUUUUUUUUAAUUCAA